AUGCGUGCCACCUUUUGAUCAACACGCGGCAUUCGCACACCGCCGAUUCUACAUGUAGCACCUAAUUUGGCACGUCUCCCACAUGCAAGAUGGGCCCGAAAGAGAUGAACGAGCAAGGCUGCCUGAACGACGGCGUCAUUUUGACCCCCGUCAUUUUGGACCUUGCGUUCGAAAAACCGGACCUGCUGCCCGCAAUCGAGCCUCCCAGCGGCAGCAGCCUUUGCUCGUCCCAGGAAGAACUGGUGCCGCCCUCGGACGAUGGGGGAGAAAGUGCCGAGGGUUCUUCAACAGGCGAGGGCGGAAGGCCCAUCGAAGAGUCGCACAGGAAAAUAUUGGGACAGGUCGUGCUCCCGUUUAUAGUCGCCGGAAUGGGCAUGGUCGGCGCCGGCGUUUAUUUGGACAUGGUCCAGUACUGGAGCGUUUUCGAAGAACUGCCUGAGACGUUCGUGCUUGUGCCUGCCCUUCUGGGCCUCAAGGGCAACCUGGAGAUGACCCUGGCCUCGCGACUGUCCACGGCGGCCAACCUGGGCCUCAUGGACACGACAAAGGGCAAAAUCCAGCUGGUCUCGGGAAACAUGUCCCUGUUGCAAGUGCAAGCGAUUGUGGUCGGCCUUUUGGCAGCCGUCGUGGCCUUUUGCAUGGACCUGGCGAUGACCCAAAAGUUCGUCCUGAACCAUCUGCUGCUGCUGUGCGCGUGCGGAAUCGUCACCGCCUCGCUGGCCAGUCUCAUUUUAGGUUUCAUUACGUCAAGUGUGAUUGUCCUGUCGCAAAUGUGCAAAGUGAACCCGGACAACAUCGCGACCCCGAUCGCCGGCGCUCUCGGGGACAUCACGGCCCUGGUCAUUCUCUCGCUGACCGCCACCCUCUUCUACAGCAUCCUCGAGACCACCUCGUGGUUGUUUCCCGUGAUCUGCGGCGUGUUCAUUUUCCUGCUGCCGUUUUUCUUCUGGUUCGCCCGGAGAAAUAAAUUCACCAAAGAUGUCCUUUACCACGGAUGGGUGCCCAUAAUCGUCGCCAUGAUCAUUCAAGUUUCGGCAGGGUUGAUUUUGGAUCAAGUGACGACGCGUUCGCCGGGCGUGGCGAUUUUCCAGCCGGCGGUCAACGGCGUCGCUGGCAACUUGGUGGCCAUUCAGGCCAGCAAAAUGUCCACGUACCUGCACCAGGUGGCCCAGAUGGGAACUCUGCCCACCGGCAUGCGCAUCUGUCUCAGUCCGAUCACCGUCUUUUUCUCAAAUAAUCAAUUGUCGAGGACGGCACGUGUUCUGAUGUUUCUGGUGAUUCCGGGUCACCUGUUGUUUGCCUACACCAUCAGCCUUGUGAAGAGGCACGACGGUGGUCUCCACUGGGUCUUUGUUUUGCUCUACAUCGUCGCCGUGUUUAUCCAGGUGGGCAUCAUUAUCUACAUCGCCAGUGUUCUGACUCACUUUUUCUGGACGCGCAAAAGAGACCCGGACAACAAUUGCAUUCCGUACAUGACGGCGGUCGGCGACUUUUUGGGAAUCUUGUUCAUGGGACUCGUUUUCGAACUGCUCAGGCUGUUCAACGUGCCAACCGACGAAGGAGGAAUGCCUUGAUCUCAAAAAACGAAAUCGUCCUUUGGGAAAAUUGUUCAAUUGGAAGAGUUCCGGCAGUAAAAAAGCUUCGAACUUCCACCGCAGAUUUGAAGAUCUUGAAUUUUAGAGUUAACGGAGACAUCUGUGUCUUAUGUAAUAAAAUCUCAUGAAAGGCGUUUAAGGUUCAGCAGACUUUUGUGAUAAAAGAUUAAUUAAAGAUGGUCAGCUUUCUUUUUGAAGACUGCGUGCAUUGCAAACAUCACUGCGUAUCAUUGACG